AUCACUAGGCGCCGGCGCCUCCCAGGGAGCGUGUUUCCGCCCCGAGCUGGAGUUUCCCAGCUGCCAGCCGACCUCGAGACCGCACUCCCACCAACCGCGCUUUUUGUGGGCGGUCUGAAGCCACAGCCUGCGUUGGAUAUGUUCGGUGCAUGUUAUAAACAACCACUUAAACCCUCCGGAUCUACGCCUACCGCAGAGGAAUGCAGAAUGACGCCACGGCACGCAGGAUGUGAUGUCGCCGAGAUGCACAGAAUACUCGUUCAAUCAACAUUUACUGAGCAUCUACUUCGUGCCAUCACCGAGCUAGCAAAUAUGUAGAGCACCAGUCCUGAUUGCAAGGAGCACUAUACAAGAGGAAUGACAGCCAAACAAUUAAAAGAGGAGGCGGGGUUGCACGCAAAAAAGGGAGGGGCGAAUUUUUGUGUUGAGUUGUCAGGAAACUCAUAGAAGAGUUUAGGGGCUGACUUUGGAAAAUGAUGGGCUGUCCAGCAAACGGAAAGAGGGGAGGCCACUCAAAUAUGUAUUCGAUGAAUGAAUUUCGGGCAGAUGUCAGAGUUAACAUGAGGGUGGAGACACUCAAGGAGCGCAAAUAAUCGUGUAACUGAAAUAUAAUUGUAUUAGUUCAUGGCCAACCUCAACCUAGUGUCAAACUCUGAAGAAACGUGAAUCUGCCAACCAUAAAACUGUAACAAAGUAACUAAAGCUGGCCACUGAGGAGGUAAGGAUGGGGGUUAGCAAAACAUCCUAAAGAUCUUAACCCAUUUAGCUCUCCAAAGUUCCCCUAUAUUCUGACAGCAAAUAC